AUGGGUCAACGAUUUGGCACAGGAAAAGUCGCAAAUUUAUUUUCUCCAAUAAUUGCAAUUUGGUUUACUUCUCUCUCCGUGAUUGGCAUUGUUAAUAUAUCCAGAGUUCCAAGAAUCUUGAAAGCUAUCAAUCCUUACUAUGCUAUUAUGUACAUUAAAGAAAGAGGUUUUGGUCAUCUCGGUGGUGUUUUACUAGUAUUCAUUGGAUCUGAAGCAGUGUUUGCGGACCUAGGACAUUUUAAUCGAAGGUCGAUUCAAUUAUCUUUCCCACUAUUUGUUUAUGUUCCUUUGUUAUUGACGUACUUAGGUCAAGGCGCAA